AUGAAGAAAAUCGCUAGAAUGACUGCGGAAUAUGAUGUGAAGAAAUUGGAAAAAUUGAAGGAUUUGUAUGGAGAUUUGGCACAAAUACCGUAUCCGACUCAAGGAAGAAUUAUUAAGAAAAAAGAUGAGGAAAUUGUUAAGGUGGGUUUGGACUUUGAGAAAAAUUUGGUAAUUUUGAGAUUUUUUCGGAGAAAAUUUUAUAGUUUAUAAUUGGGCUAUAGAAGAAUAACACUCGAAAUUUUAUAGAGGAUUUUUGAUUUGAUGAGACAUACGACAAAACACCAAUCGAAAUAUUUUCUACUCUUUUUUAUAUUCUGAAAAUAUUGAAACGUAUUCAAUUUAUUGUAGUAUUCCAUCCAGAAAAUCGAAGAAAUAAUUUUUUUGUCAAAAUAUAAAAUUUUUUCAAAAAUCGUAUUUUUCAUUUUAAAAAAUCUGAAAAAAAAUUAUUUUCUAGUCAAGAUUCUCGGUUUGUAUUUCCAAAACAUCCAUUUUAUAUUUUCAGGUCACAACAAUUUGGGAUAAUCGAGCAAUGGCUUUGAAUAAAAUAACGAAACAACAAAGAGUUAGUUUGAUUGGAAAUCGAGGCGAAAAUGGGUUGAUUGAGAGAUAUUUGGUCGACACAACUUCGGUGCCACUUUGUAAUUUUGAGUGAGCAUUUGGGAGGGGGCGAAAAUUAGAGAAAACUCUCAAUUUUGUUGUUGAUUCAUCAUUAUUGGUCCCAAAACUUCCACAAGCAAAAACAUUGUCGGCGGGUUUUAAUAUCUUCGAAAUGAUCCCCCAUUUGCAGAUCACAAGGCACUGCUUACUCGAAAUCCAACUCCAAAAUCGCUCAACUCAUCACAAUUCCAAGCGGCGAGGAUAAAAAACAAUAUCUGAAAAUCUACAAUUCCGAAGAGCACAUCGAAGAACUUUGCUCCGAUUUAUCAUCGCAGAAAAAACACGGUGUAAUCCACGCUGGUCAACCUUUCGGCGCUUUAAAAUUCUCAAAUGGCGAAGGACAUGUUUUGUAUGUGGCCGAGAGAAAUGUAAAAAGUGCACAGUAUUUUGAUGCGGAUAUUGAAUGGGAUAAUGAGGAAAAGGUUUUUGAAAGCAAAAUUGGAAAAAAAUUCGAAUUGAAAGAAUCAUGGGGAGAACAAAAUGAUAGUGUAAAACGACCGAUGAUUUGUAUUGUUGAUACUGCGAGUGGAAUUGUGACUGCUUUAGAUCAAAUACCCGCUCAUAUUUCACCAAUUUAUGUAAAUUGGGCACCAAAUGAUACUGGAGUUGUGUUUUUUGGAUUGGAUGAAGGAAAUGAGAGUCCAAGAUUGGGACGGGUUUAUUGUAAUAAUCGACCGGGUGCUGUUUAUUAUUAUGAUUUAAUUACUGCGAAAUUAACGAGAAUUGGAGAAGAAAAUAUCUCUGCAGAGUGCUUGAAUUUCAGUCCAAAUGGCGAGAAUUUGAUAUAUUUCCAAAGGGCUUCAGAUGGUCCACAUCAGGCUAAUCUAGAAUUGGUUAAAGUCAAUUGGCCAUUGACUAAUGAACAACCAAAGACUGUGGUGCCAAUUGUAGCGUAUUUCGAUUUUGCAUCUCAAGAUUUUCCCGGAAUUGCGAUGCCUCAACUCGCUGCUCGAUCAUGGUCCAAUGAUUCAAAACGCGUUGUUUUAUCUCUUGUUUGGAGGAGUAAAUUUGAAUUGGUUGCAAUUAACAUUGAAACAGGGAAUGUGGAAAAGCUGACAAAUUUGGGAAAAUGUCAUGGAAGUUGGGUUUUGUUGGAUGUAUUUGAUGAUGAGAUUUUGGCGAUUGUUAGUGCACCAAAUCGCCCGCCAAAUGUUUUGUUGGCAAAAUUGGAGGAGGAGGGAGCUGCGGAAAAAGUUUGAAUUUUUGCUAGAAAUAUAUCCAGAUCUAAAAUUCACACGUUUUCAGAUUGUCUGGGUUCGUUUGGACAAAGCGGACGCAAUCGAAAAACGCCGUCAUCUCAUCGAUUUUUCAUGGGAAUUCUCUGAAUUUGAAAGAGAUGGCGAGAAAUACGAAGGUAUUUUAUUGGUUCCGAAUUCUGGCGAAAAUUUGCCACUUGUUAUAAAUCCACACGGAGGACCACAUGGAGUAUCGUUGGCACUGUGAGCUUUUUUUCUUGCAAAAAGAGAUUUUCAAAAAAAACAUUCUGAAAUCUAGAAAUUCCUAGAGAAAUUCUCCGUUUUUCAAAUUUCAAUUGAAACAUUUUUUGGUCCUAAAAAUCUUUCUGAAUCUAUAAUUCAAUUUCCGUGUUCCUUUUCCAGUUGGCCACGUCGAGAUAUAACAACACUCCUCAAUUCCGGAUAUGCAAUUCUAAAUGUAAAUUAUCGUGGAAGUGUCGGAUUCGGAGAUAAUUUCAUCAGAAAACUCGCCGGAAAUUGUGGAGAUUUGGAUGUAAAAGAUGCUCAUAACGCGGUUCUUCAAACCAUCGAAAGAAAUCCGAGAAUCUCGAAAGACAAAGUUGUGUUGUUUGGUGGAUCGCAUGGCGGAUUUUUGGUGUCUCAUUUAAUCGGCCAAUAUCCUGGAUUCUAUUCAGCUUGUGUUGCACUCAAUCCAGUUUUGAAUAUUUCAACAAUGCAUGAUAUUACAGAUAUUCCUGAAUGGUGUUUUUACGAGGGAAUGGGUAGUUAUCCUAACUUUGAGAAAGUUCCAACUCUUGAAGAACGUCAAAAAAUGUUGCUUUCUUCUCCAAUUGCUCAUGUUGAACAAGCGACAACUCCAUAUUUAUUAUUGAAUGGGGAAAAAGAUUUAAGAGUUGUGCCGCAUUAUCGAGCAUUUUUGAGAAAUUUGGUGGCUCGCGGGGUUCCGGCGAGAGUUUUGACAUAUCCAACCAGCAAUCAUCCUUUGGAAGAAGUUAAUGUUGAAUCAGAUUAUACUAUUAAUAUGGUUAGAUGGUUUGAGAAGUUCCUAUAAAUCGAUUGCGGGAUUUUCACUUAUUUUUUGUGCUCAAACUUAUUUGGGGAAAACAAAUUAUUGACAUGUUUUGUGUAAAUUAUUGUAUUUAUCAAUAAAUAGAUUAGUUUUUUAUUGGAUUUUCAGAAUUUUUUAUUUCUCGGUUGUUUUCACCGGAUUUUAUCUAUCUUAUGAAGUUUUACAGAAUUUUUAUUCAAAAAGAACAACUAAGUUCUGAAAAUAGAAAAAAUAUUCCAUUAGCUCUGCUUUUUUCUUCAAAAAUUCAAACACAAAUACAAUUUCCAGAUGACGCUUGUUGCGAGUAGCGAAAACAGCGGAAUGAAUCCGAUGUCAUUUUCGGAUUCACAAGGAAAUUCAUGUGAGUUUGAAUAAUCCUUGAACUUUGGCUAAAUCAAUAUGUUUUCCAGUCUUCGAAAGAUUACGGUAUCAACGAGAAACUGGACGAUUUUGUGACGUGGCACUGAUGGUUCGCGAAAAACAAUUCUCAGCGCACCGAAAUAUUUUGGCAUCUUGCAGUCCGUAUUUUGACUCGAUUUUUAAAUAUUCGAAAAUUACCAAGGAACAGGUAUGCAAAUUAUUUUGGAGAGAAAAAUUUGAAAAACUAUUAAAUUUUGGAUCGGAAAUGAUGAAUUUUCAUACUGUAAUCUGAAAUUUUCCAAAAGAAAAAAGAAUGAACACGUUUUUAAUUGAAAAAAUUAAGUUCACGUAUCAAUAUUUUUAAAUAAAAUUGAAAGAGGAAGCCAUUUCUUGAUUCUAAUUUAUUCCAAAUCAGUCUCUGAAGAAGUGAGUAGGAUUACUGUAUAGUUGUUGAGUGAUCUCAAAAUCUUUCAAAAAUGUGUUUUCAUUUGAAAAAUUCGAAUUUUUCGACCAAAAUCCCCAUUUUCAGGUCACUGUAAACUGCCCAAAUCCAAUAAUUUUCGAGAAUUUCCUGAAUUAUAUGUAUAGUGGAUGUAUCGUGAUUGAUCGAGGUUCGGUCGCCGAAAUGCUCAGAUUAGCCAACAAUUUUUUGAUUGUGAAAUUGAAAAAUUAUUGUGCUGAAUAUUUGGAUCGAUAUUUGGAUGCGGCUAAUUGUUUAUCGAUUCGAACUUUGGCGCAAAGAUAUAAUUUGCCAACGCUUUUAAAGGUAAUAUUUUCACGCUGAAACACAAAUUAUUUCCGCUAGAAAUUUAUACUUUUUUUGCAGGCUUCCAACGAUUAUUUCGAUGCAAAUAUAAAUCGAUGCCUUUUGGAAUCUACAGAUAUUGUUUCUUACACUUAUCCACAACUUUUCAAAUUAAUUAAUGAUCCAAAAUAUUCGGAUGUUAUUACCUCGGAUACACAUUUGAAGUGAGUUUUUCUAUAGAAGUUCAGAUAAAGAAUCCACAAAUAACUAGACUGUAUAUUUAUUUCCAGACUAAUUGUUCGAUGGGUUGGUGAGGAAAUUUCGACGCGAGAAUUGUCGUUCAGACAAUUGUUGGAACAUUGCCAAUUUUUGGAAGUUUCUGCGGAUACGUUGGAAUUCUUGUUGGAUUAUUCGCCAUUGUUGGCCAAAUCUCCGUCGAGCAGAUUUUUGCUACUUCAUGUUAUGUGAGUUUUUAAAGGGAAAAUUGAUUGGACUUAGGCUAAUUAUGUAAGUAAAUAGUUAAAAUUCGGGCCAAAAUAUAGAAUGUCCGAAAAAUUGAGCCUCCAUCUUUAUUUAAUUAUUAGACCUGAAUUACAUGAUCCAAGGAAUCCAGUAAAACAUGUCUAAAUGAAAUUCAUUCGUUAAACACUGAACUAUUAUUAUAUUUAUUUCCUCAUAUUUCAAAAAUGUGUAUCUGUUCGAAUCACAAAAACUUUUGAUUUAUUUCUCCAAAAUAUACGAAUAAAAUCCCUGCGAAUUCUCAAAUCGGCCAAUAAUAUUGUGCAAAAAUUCAACGAAAGAAACAAAUAUGCAAUGUUGGUUCGAUAAAUUGCCAAAAACUUGGAAAUUGGAUCGCAGAACUUGAAAACUAUUGAAACUUCAUAAAUCAAUAAUAACAUUGUGGAAAAUGUAUGAGUUGAUGUAACAAUUAUCAACUUUUUAUCAUGGGUAUUUUGAAAAUUCUUAUAUCUCGAAAUUGUUAGAAUUGCCAGAAUAACUGAUAUUGUUUCAGUGAAUAGUAAAUAGCCUCCAAUAAUAAUUCGUUGAAUUGCUAAACCUGGUUUUUCAAGUAAAAUUAUACCAUUUUCAGAUAAAACUAUGGUUUUUUCUUCGAAAAGUAGUGGAAAACAAGAAACCGUAGUUAAUAAAAAUAUAGAAAUUAGAUAGAUUUUUGCUAACUUUUGACUCCAAAAUUUCGAAUAAUUCAUAAAAGUUGCGUGAAAUCUGGGAAAGAGAGAAGGUAAAAAUUUAUUUGAAAAUUAGGAAGAAUUAUUUAAAUACCUGUUAAUAGACAUCAAAAAGUUGCAGAAAUAAUGAAAAAAUGUUAGAUGAAAAUCAAAAAAUUGCAAACAAUUAGCAGUUUGAAUAUAAGUUUGACUAGGAUAAGUAAUUUUUAACCAAAGAUAGAUUGUGCAAUGAAAAAUGUCACAAAUUCCAGAAACCAUGAAAAUGUAGAAAAAUGUGUAUUUCAAAUAUUUUUGAAGAAUAAAAGUGAUUAAAAUGCAUUGUGAAGUUGCUAGAAAAUAGAAGAAAUAUUCAAAUGGUUCCGAAAUUAUUAGCAUUAUUUUUUUGAAAUUGAAAAUAACUUACUAUUAGAAGUUUGGCUGAAACUAUAUAGUAAUUAUGGGUUUAAUAAUUUUAUUUUUGGCCGAUGUAGGUACAGUAGCGGCGGAAAAGAUACGAAAAAGUAUGUUUUGGAUCAUAAUUCAGCUUGGAGUGGUCUAAACCAUUAGAAAUUUUUGUCCUAUGUGUAACACAGACCUAGAAACUUGAAAAAAACAACUUGGAAACUUUAUGUUAAUUUUGAGAUGUUUCCAUUGUUGAUCUUCGGAAAUCGAAUUUUUCGUAUUUUUUGAUUUUCAUGUUCACCAUCGAGAAAUUUUUGUUAGAGGGGUUUAACUUGAUGUUUUUUGGUUUCAUUUAGUGUAAUAAACCUUUAUCUAUAAAGUUGAGCCGUGAAACAAACCAAUGUCAUGAUCGUUGAACUCCUAUCCGAUGGUAUUACUGGAAACAUCGGAAAUUAAGAUUGACGACUAUAAAUGUGUUGCAAUUGAUUUUUUCAGAUGUUUUCCACCAAUUCCAAUCAUUUUUCAUCAAAAACAAUGAUUUUCUAGCGAUUUUUCCAAUUUUCGGUGAUGUCGAUUUUUGACUGAAUUUGGAUUCACGUCGAUCUUCCAUUGAUGAAAAAUCACAAAUUGGUUGUGAUAUUGGUUUUUGGCAUACCACUAGGUCUAUAAAUAAGGGACAAAAAAUUUCCAGAUCAAAUAUUGAUGGUUAGUUGACAUACAGAUCAUCAAAGUCGAAGAAACUGUUUUUUCAUCAAAAACAGUGUAUUUUUAGUGCAUUUUUCAAUUGAACAACUUUGGCGAUUUCGCUGAGAAGUUAAGAGAACAUUAAGGUGUAGAAAGUAAUUGUAACUUAUUUAUAGACCUAUUGGCUUGCCAAAAACCAAUAUCACAACCAAUUUGUGAUUUUUCAUCAAUGGAAGAUCGACGUGAAUCCAGAUUCAGUCAAAAAUCGACAUCACCGAAAAUUGGAAAAAUCGCUAGAAAAUCAUUGUUUUUGAUGAAAAAUGAUUGGAAUUGGUGGAAAACAUCUGAAAAAAUCAAUUGCAACACAUUUAUAGAGCAAAAUUGAGUUUUAUAGUCGUCAAUCUUAAUUUCCGAUGUUUCCAGUAAUACCAUCGGAUAGGAGUUCAACGAUCAUGACAUUGGUUUGUUUCACGGCUCAACUUUAUAGAUAAAGGUUUAUUACACUAAAUGAAACCAAAAAACAUCAAGUUAAACCCCUCUAACAAAAAUUUCUCGAUGGUGAACAUGAAAAUCAAAAAAUACGAAAAAUUCGAUUUCCGAAGUCAACAAUGGAAACAUCUCAAAAUUAACAUAAAGUUUCCAAGUUGUUUUUUUCAAGUUUCUAGGUCUGUGUUACACAUCGGACAAAAAUUUCUAAUGGUUUAGACCACUCCAAGCUGAAUUAUGAUCCAAAACAUACUUUUUCGUAUCUUUUCCGCCGCUACUGUAUGAUUUUGUCACCUGAUUUGAGCUCAUUUUUAGUUCUCACUAAAUUAAUACUUUGGUGAAAAUCCCUUAGAAAUGAUCUCAUGAAAUUUUAAAUCCAGGGAUGAGCAUAAUAUGAUGAUGGAAAAAUAUUCGACUCAAUUGGUGACACUCCGUCAACAAAUAGGUGAACUUCCCCCGUUACAUGAUCCAAUGGCAUAUGAAAAUGAAGAAGAAGAUGGAUCGAGUGAUGAAAUGGAAGAUGAUGAUCAGGAUUAUACUGUUGAGGGACAUCCGACUGCUGCACAAAUUGUGAGAACAUUUUGGGAUUUUCUGACACCAAAUAUGAGGAAAGGGAUACAGUACCACUUGUAGUUUGUAUUUCUUUAGUCCGAAAAAUAGUCCUAUGUUACCGUAGUUUUUGCAAAAUGAAAAAAAUUGAGUUUCUGUUAGCUACCGUAUUUUCGCAGUCCGAAAACGUUAUUUGCUACAGUAAUUCUUGCAGUUAUACUCUUGGAUACAAAAAAUUCCUUUGAAAAAGCUCAUUUUGUUUAGAUCGAGGCUGACAAUGAUGGAACGCCAAAAAUCAAAAUGAAACUAAAUAUGGCGCUGGCAACUUUGGAGCGAAAACGAUUCAAAAAACCAAGAUUGAUACAAAGACCAGCACCAAAGAGAAGAAAUACGCGAGACGAUUUGCCGCAGGAAAAUGAAAGUGAGUUGUGUGGUUCGAUCUGGACCCCUGAACCUUGACAAAAAUAUGAAAAUUUCGAAAAAAAUUGAGUUUGGGUCAUACAUCAGUUUCUCCCGGUCAGGGUCUCAAAAUUAGCCACCCCCGGAAUGUGAAAGUACGAAAAUUAGCCAGAUCCCCUCAAAAAAUAGAGAGAAAAACUUGGUUUUUCGGGUGUAAAUUGUUAUUUUUUCAAAAAGUUAGCCGGUCCCCCACCCUUUUUUCCAAAGUUAGCCAGACCCCCUCCGGACGAAAAUCCGGGGUUACUGAUGUAUGGUUUGGGUAUUUUUAGAACUUUAAAAUCAUCACUAAUCUCGUCUGAAAGUCUCGUGACGUUGCACUUUGAAAAUCAUCAUCUGAUGAAAUAAAAAUUUUUCACACCCUUUUAUUUUCGAAAAACUCUAGAAAUUUAGUAAUAUCCUUUUCAUUAAAAAAAAUUUUGCUUGAAGGAGUAUAGCUACAUUUUUUGUAUUUUCAGGGUUUUUUGUAUACAUAUAUAGUAGAUAUGUUUUCUAUUUAUUAUAUAUGCACUCUCAGAAAAUCAAUAGUUUAUUGUGUUUUAUUUCGUUUUCAAGCGUUUUUCAUAAUUUAUCCCUUUCAAAAUAUAACACUUAUGCUAAUAUGAGCAAUACAUGUCUCAUUCUCAAUAAAAUUUAUAUUUGUAGUGAUUCCAAUGGUUGACGACGAUGAUAUUGAUGGAGUUUAUGCGACAAGUUCACUCGAAGGUGCACAUACUUAUGGACCAAGCGAUCGAUUCGAUCCAGAUGAAACAGAAGAAUGUGAAGAAGUAUCAGAUGAAAAUGGACAAUUUGUUUGUAUUUAUUGUGGAUUUGGUAGUUCGACAGAUGAAGGAUUGGAAAAACAUCGAGCAAGAACACAUAAUCGAAAUCAUUUCUAUUGUUGUCAAAUUUGUGAAUUUGAAACGAAUUGGAGCAAAGAGUUUUAUACACAUUGUCAAGAGCAUUGGCCAGAAUUACCAUAUCGAUGUGAUAUUUGCCAAUUUGUUGGGCAAACUGGAACCAUUCAGGAGUUUUUGGCACAUCGAUUGACGCAUAGUGAGUUUUUUUUCGGCCGAAAGUUAAGAAAAUUGAGAUCUAUACCCAAAAAACAGUUCAAUUUUGAAGAUUUAUGAUAUGAUAUAUAAUUUUUCCAAAAACCUCAAUUAUUUCUAGCCGAAAACCGUUUCUUCAAAUGCGGAGAAUGCGCGUGGAAAAGUCGAACCCGUUCACAAUUAUUUGCCCAUGAAAGAAUGCACAGUGUUUUCGAUAAUCGACCAUUGCAUUGUGAAGAAUGUGGAAGAGGAUUUCAGCAACACGUUUCAUUAGAUCAUCACACAGCAACACACAAUGAACCACGUCCAUUUAUUUGCGAGGAUUGUGGAUUUGCAUCGAAGAGUUCGGAUAAUUUGGCAAUUCAUAGAAGACAACAUACUGGAGAUGUGUUUUUCUGUCAUAUUGGUAAGAUUUUCCGGGAUUUUUGUGGUUUUCCGACACCAAACAUCAUUUUUCCUUAUAAUAGCUAACCUGGGAACAUCCAUAUUAAACAUUGCUCAGGUCAGGUUUCAGAAACUUUGAAAGCCAACUUCAAAAUCUUAUAAUUUUAGCCUUGUUUGGUAUCGAAUUAUUCCCCAAAAAUACACUUCUCCACAAAAGUAUAGCCUCACCCACAAAAUUUUCAAAAAAUCGAAAAAAAUAAAGUUUUCAGAAAAUGUUUGUUUUUGAAAAAUAUGGGAAAAUGGGACACUAAUUUAUCCCAGAAAUCAAAUUUUUCAGAAACUUUGAAAGCCAACUUCAAAAUCUUAUAAUUUUAGCCUUGUUUGGUAUCGAAUUAUUCCCCAAAAAUACACUUCUCCACAAAAGUAUAGCCUCACCCACAAAAUUUUCAAAAAAUCGAAAAAAAUAAAGUUUUCAGAAAAUGUUUGUUUUUGAAAAAUAUGGGAAAAUGGGACACUAAUUUAUCCCAGAAAUCAAAUUUUGGGUUGAUAAGUCACGGAAAGAAUUUUUUUUGAAUUUUUCAAAAAAUUGAAAAUUUCCAAUCCACAAAAGUAUACCCUCACUUUAGAAAAUCGCUCUGGAAAUCGGUUUUUGGGUUAGAUAACUUCAGUUAUUGUUGAGAAAUGGGUAGAAUAACUCAUUUUAAGUUGAUUCCAAUAAUUUCAAAAUUAUUGGAAUCAAGUUGAAUCAAGUUAUUUUUUCGAUUUUUUGGAAAUUUUGAGGGUGAGGCUAUACUUUUGUGGAGCAGUGUAUAUUCUUAAUCUGAGCAAUUCCUAAUUUUAUUUCAGCUGGCUGCGAUUACACAUCCACUAAAAAAUCUCAACUCGCCGCCCAUCUUCGAACUCACAUGGCAGUUCGUGCUCAUAUGUGCAAAGUUUGUGGUCGAGGAUUCAUCGAAAAAUCGCAUUUGGUUCGACACGAACGAAUUCAUUUGGAAGACAAACCAUUCAAAUGUGAAACUUGUGAUUAUGCAUCAAGUCGACGCGAUAAAUUGAAAGAGCACAUUUUGAAACAUCACAAUGGACAAACGACGGCAAAAGCGCAGCGAAGAAGAUAUAAAAGACAGCGAAUGUUGGCGGCUGCUGCGAAUAUUGUGGCUGGAGGAAUUGGUGGAGUUGGAGGACAGAAAUUGCCACAGGAUUCGAUGUUUAGACCAAUACCGGUUAAUGAAUCUGUUUCUAGAUGGGCACAGGAUAAUGAUUUUGCUGUGAGUUCUAGAUUUUGAAUUUGAUAAUUCAAAUUUUUAAUGAAAAGUCAAAAUAUGAUUCCCCCUGCAUAAUUUAACUUUCUAUUUUCCAGGCGUAUUCUCCCCGACAAAACGAUUACACUCAAAAUCUUGUCAAUCCUCAACAAGCUCAAUCAUCUCAACAACAUCAGAUGCAUCAACAAUCAAAUCUUCAACAAUCCUAUUCACCACCCCGUGCUUAUUCAGUCACCAAUCCUCAACCAAUUCCACAUCAAGCAGCAAUGUCCCCCGGUUGUAUGUCUAUGAUGAAUUUACCGCUUCGAGAAAUGACGGCAGAUUCAAGAUCAAAUGAUGAUUGUGGAUUGAUUACACCGACUGCAAGAUCGCCACAUAAUCGAAGUGCGGAUCCAUUUGGAGGAUUGACAACUCCCACUGAUAUGCAUAGUCGACCGAUGUCAUUGCCGACUUAUGGACAAAUGGAUAUGCAGCAACAGCAACAGAUGCAGCAGCAACAACAACCACAACAAGAUCAUCAAUGGUGGUGA